AAACGCCGCGUUUUAGAGGUUAGUAUAGAGAUCACCAAAUAUUAUGUCGUCGUGUGUUAUUUUUAUCCAAUUUAAACCACCAAAUCGGAGAUAAUAGUGUCUGUAUCAAUGGCGGCCGUCAGCAUCUCACUCGCUUUGUCUGUUGAUCCUCUCAAACCAACGAAAUUUGGAUUCUCCUCUUCUUCGCCUAGAUAUCCUUUACUCUACCCGUGUAAAUCUCACCGUUCCACCUCCAACCUCAGAUUCGCUUUCCCUCCUUCGCAUUCUCCUGUCUCGACAGUUACAGAAACGGGAGAUGAAGAAGCUACGAAAUCGACCGGAAGCUACGCGUUUCUAGAGGAAUCGUUUCGCACUGGGAGGUUUUUGAGCAACGACGAGUUGGAGAAGUUGAAAACUCUCGAAGGGUUUGCGUAUUUUCAGGAGCUUGAAUCUGGGACGAUGUGGGUUCGGGUUAUGAGAUCCGAUGAGAUGGACUCGACGGUGCAUCUCUUGGCUGAGUCAUUUGGUGAAUCUAUGUUAUUGCCUUCUGGUUAUCAGUCUGUGUUACGGUUUUUGGUUAAGCAGUAUUUGAUUGAGAGGAGAGAAGUGUUGCCACACGCAGUGACCUUAGUUGGGUUCUUUAGGAAAAAAAAUGAUGGGUGUAGUGAUGGAGAGGAGGCUGAGAUGGCUGGUACUGUAGAGGUGUGUUUGGAUAAACGUGGCGCUAAUGCUUCACCUCCUUCCCCAACUCCUCCUAAGGAAUCGCCUUAUAUUUGCAACAUGACUGUGAAAGAAGAUCUUAGAAGGAGGGGAAUUGGAUGGCAUUUGUUGAAGGCGAGUGAGGAACUGAUAUCUCAGAUUAGUCCAUCAAAGGAUGUAUAUUUGCAUUGUAGGAUGGUGGAUGAAGCUCCUUUCAAUAUGUACAAGAAAGCAGGGUAUGAGGUUGUGAAGACAGAUACUGUUUUGGUCCUUUUGAUGUUACAACGACGUAAGCAUUUGAUGCGCAAAAAGCUUCCACCUUGUUGCACCAGUCCUUCGGAUACGGUAGAUAUAGAGAGGUCUGAAAAUGAGCUCACCUCAUCUGCUAAUGCGUGAACACGGGAGCUAAAUGUGACUUGACCAAGGACUCGGGUUCAUACCCUGUUUGGUUCAACUUGCUGUUUAUAAAAUCUUAGUUGAGGUUUCCAUUUUGCAUAUAUUCAUAUACUAGAAACCGGUGUUUUCCAUCUGCACAAUAGCCGAUUAAAGCGACCAGAUUUGGAUGGUCAAGUCUGCUCAAGAUAUCCACCUCCACACGAAAUUCUCUUUCUCCGUCAGCUUUUUUAAAAGGAGGUAAAUCCAUCUUCUUGAUUGCAACUACCUUCAAUUCAAAUAGCGAGGGAUCAAGAUAAUAUGUAUGCUAUUCUAAUAGCUCAUCAUUCUCAAGAUUUACUUGUAAAAAUUGUUUCUAACAUUACAAAGACUGUAAAUCACAUAAAUAAAGCUAUAUAGUUACUACCUCUCCUGUU